AUGGGUUGUUGCGGUGCACGAGAAAAGGGGAUUCCCGAACACACGGCGAAAUGGGAAUACCUGACUCUGAGCGAUUUCCGCUGCACCUCGGCAUGGGCCGGUGUCGGUUACGUUUGGGUCUGGUUCAUGGCUUUUGUCGCAAUCGCUGUCUUCGGCCUGGACACCUUCACCGCCGUCAAUCUGCUUGCUUUCAACAAGUGGAGUUCUCAGGUCCAGCCCAAGUUGCCUCUCGAGUACAGCCGAUGGAUUUUCGCCGGCUGUAUCAUUCUCUCUUGGGUGCUCUAUGCAUAUGAAUGGCAACGCGCCAUUCGUGUCAUUCGCCGAGGCGGCGUCGCAGAGAGCUACAUGGAUCCGCUGGCGUCGUCGCUGCAAUCCAUGCGCGGAAAAGGCUGGAAACGUUUCUUGGUCUUCACAGAACUCACCAAGAGUCGCAAGGGCGCCGACUACGUUGCUCUUUUCGUCUACUUCUCUUUCCAGAGUGCCAUCCGGGUCAUCCUCGCAGAAGGUCCGCGUCAGGCCAUCAACGCCAUGACUCUCCUCGCCGUCUUUCAAGCGGACAUCUUGCCUGGUGACAAAAGCGAUCAUUCUCCCAUUGAGCAAUUCUUUCUCAACAUCGAAACCCUGGCCAACAACAACAAUAAGACGGCGGCCAUCUAUUUUGCCAUGCUCUUCACUUUGGUCAUCUGGGUGGUCAGCGCUUUGUCGCUCAUCAUCGCUGCGUUCUGCUAUAUCCUCUUCCUCUGGCAUUACAUCCCGUCGCGCGACGGUCGCUUGAGCAUUUACUGCCGCCGCAAGAUUGACAAGCGUCUCGAGCGUAUCGUCGAGCACAAGGUCAAAGCUGCACUCGCAGAGGAAGAACGGCUCAAGCAGAAAGCCGAACUCAAGGAACUCAAACGUCAGAAGACUGACCUGGGUGCGGGAGGGCCGCCCAUAGCCCAGAUCACUCGCACGGCGACACUGCCUCAGCUUGACGAUCUCUCCGAUAACGCAUCGGACCACACCGGUGACGACAAAUUGCCCGCUUUCCCGUUGACCCGCACAAACACCAUGUCGAGCACGUCUACCCUUCCACCUUAUUCCGCCGAUCCAAACAGACCUGGGUUGCCCCAGCGCCAGGUCCUCGGGCAAACAAAUUGGUUCUAUGGUGGCCUCACCGACAAGGCGCCCCUGUUGGCAAACGCAGGUUACGCCGGCGAUGUAAGCCGCCCGCCAACCGCGCCGCUACCGGCUCUGGGCCGACAGGAGUCCAAUGCGUCAUUUGGUCCGCCACGGCCUGGGCCUGGAAUGGGACCAGGGCGUGGCCCACCGAUGCAAGAUAUGAACCGACCGUUCACGCCCAUGUCCCGAUCUGAUACGAUGGGCAGUGGGAGGCCGUUCACUCCGGGAGCACAAGGUGACAACGUGCCGCCGGGCAGGUCGAACGCCCCGGUGUCACGGACGGAUACGAUGAACAGCGGACGACCACUGCCACCACCGUUGGGACGGGCAGAUACCAUGACUAGCGAGCGCUCAUACACUCCCGGGCCCCGUCCUGACGCAUACGGACCGCCUAGGUCAUUUACUCCUGGCAUGCCGCCUGGACCACAAUAUCCACAGUCCGGACCGCCUCCAGGACCACGAAUGCCUCCCCCCGCACGAUCCAACACUCCUGGAUUCGAUUUCGGCUUGGACACGCCACAGCCUCCUGCCACGCCUGUUAAUGCGUUCGGUGGACAUCCGGGUCGCCAAAACAGUGUAGCUUCUUCGUUCUCGCAGCACAGCGCAUUGUCUAAAUCAUCGGCUCCCGGUGGUCCCGGCGGUGCUGGUUCCUACAGCCGGCCUAUGGCUCGCGGUCCCCCAACAUCCAAUUAUGUCCGCACAACACCUCCUCCGGUCGAUGAUCGGGCGUCGCCCAAUAGCUACGAGAUGACGUCGCAAUCGAAUCGAUACCAAUCACCGAAGCCCGCUUCUCCCGGCGCGGGCGGCAACGGUGGCUACGUCGCAUUCAACCCAGCCGCACGCAGCGCAACCAGCACACCUGCCGCAUUACUACCUGCUGGGUCUGCCAACCAACCAAGGCCACCCGUCACCGUCGUCGGCGCUCCGGGAACGCAGGAAAACUACUUUGGCCAGGUGCGAGAUGCUUCGGCAUCGCGCAGCGUGACCCCCGCCGGAGGCAACCUGUCGGUCAAUGACGGCGCCUCGUCGCGAGGCAACUCGGCCCUGUACGACGACAUCCUGGACGGAUACAGCACAUCGCCUGCUGAAGCCCCGAAGUUACCGUCGCCGAACGAGAGACAACCUACGCCGCACAACAACGCCCGGAGGUGA